CACAGCCUGCUGGGAGGAGAACGCUUUUAGCCAGGUGUUCAUUGAUGAAGGACUAAAUCCAAGUUAUGAUAGAGUCUUAACGUCAGCACUGGAUCAGCUCAGACUAAUGGACCAGACAUCCCAGCCAGCGCAGGUGAAUCCAGAGAACCACCUGUCUCCAAACACAAGGAGGAGUUUCAGCUUCUCCUCUCUCCGCAUAAAAAAACGGCACAACAGCAAUGAUGAGGGUGGAUUUACACGACGCAGAGGGCUGCUGUCUUUUUCAUCAGUACGAGAGACAUCCAGAAAAGAGUCAGUCCUGGAUGAAGACGAGGCCUCGCAGGACCAUGUGAAGAAGACAGGAACACGCAGAAGCAGUGCGCCACAGUUCUGUGGUUCUGACACAGAUGGAGGUGAGCAGCCCAAAGGUAACCUCAUCUCUGAUGUCACUGGGAGACACAGUAUCCCACCAGGUGAAGAUGAUGGUGGACAACAAGGGGCCCUUAAGAGGUUUAGUGCCAUGUGGUCCUCCUUCCGCAAAGGCAAAAGAGAUAGAGUCAGAGAUGCUGAGCCUACAGAGCCGCCGGCCCCGGUUGUGGCAGACACAUCCAGGCAGCACCGCUUCGGCAGCGGGCAGUACUUCUUCGAAUAUCUGGUGGUGGUCAGCCUCAAGAGAACCAAGGACGGCAGCGGCUACGAACCUCAGAUCACCUACCAGUUUCCCAAGAGGGACGGGAUGGCGAGGUUUCAGAAGGAGGAGGAGGAGAAGACGCUGAAGGCAAUCACUCUCUUCUGUUUCCCAGAGGGCAUCAACUGGGCUCCUCUGACUGAGUACCACAGUGAGACCUUCUCCUUCGUUCUGACGGAGAUUGACGGCAGCAGGAGAAAUGGCUACUGCAGGAGGUUACUGCCUCGAGGGAAAGGAGCUCGACCACCUGAGGCUUACUGCAUCAUAAGCUCGCUGGCUUGUUUCGGCCUCUUCUCCAAGAUAUUUGACGAGGUGGAGAAGCGGCGGCAGAUCUCCAUGGCCAUGAUCUACCCAUUCAUGCAGAAGCUGAGGGAGGCUUCGUUCCCAGCUCCAGGACACACUGUGGAGAUUAAGAGCUUCAUUCCUGAGUCGGGCACUGAGAUCAUCAGUCUGACACGACCGCUGGAUUCCUGGCUCGAACACGUAGACUUCGCCACGCUCUUCCGCUGCCUGACAGACGAGGAGGUGUUAUUGGUGUUUGCCGCCGCCGUCCUGGAGAGACGGAUCAUCUUCAUCGCUGAUGAAUUGGGCACGUUAUCCCAGAUCAUUCAUGCAGUAGCGGCCCUCCUUUAUCCCUUCACCUGGCAGCACACCCUCAUCUCCAUUGUUCCGGAGAUCCUCAUCGAUGUGGUGAUGGCGCCCACCCCCUACCUGCUGGGGGUCCAGAAACACCUGCUGGACCAGGUCACGGACCAGACUGAUCUGCUGGUGGUCGACUUGUCUGAGGCGAAGAAGGAGACCUUCAUCACUUCAAUCGGUGAUGAAAGCUCUAUUCUGCCGCCGAAGCUCCAAGCUGAAAUCCUCGAGGCUCUGACUACCAGACAGAAAGCAUCAACGGUGGAGGAGCUGAACCGGGUGGUGUCGGAAGCCUUCCUGUAUUUCUUUGUGAAAACAGUGGGCCAUUACGCUUCCUAUGUGAAAUUCGGUGGUGCCGGGGGGCCCGUGUUCGAAAAGAGGAGCUUCUACAAGGCCAUCGAGUCCAAGACCACUCGACACUUUGUCAAGAAGUUCAUCGAGACGCAGAUGUUUGACCUGUUCAUCCAGGAGGUGGAGCAUCAGCAGCAAGGACCGCAGCAGGGAAUAUUUCACAAGAAGAUCGUUGAAUACCAGGAGAAGAAGAAGAAGAAAGACAAGGCGAAGAAACACUAGCUCUCAGCGUGGAAUCCUGGGUGUACAUAGGAAAAGAUGUGAAUGUUGCGUUGUGUGUUUGUUUUAAAAUAAUUAUGUACAAACAUUUGAAUUACUGUAUGGUUAUGUUGCUGCUACUCUGUGAAACACUGGCAGUUUCCCGUGAUGGUUGUCAGACUGAGGCCGAUGAGCAGGAAAAUCAUUUCAAAUAAAGACUAGUUUUUUAAGUC